CCCAAAGUUGUGGGUGUGCCACCGCACCUGGUCUGUUUCCCUUUUUUGAAUCUCCCAACUGGUCUCAUGCACUCACUCCUUUAACAGCCCACAGGCUUUUGUUGAAACUUCUCUUGCGGCAUUUGGCACAUGCGAGCCGGUGACGGAGUCAUUUGUGAUUUGUGCUUUCGCUUGUGCACACACACGCACACUUACCCACUCACUGGACUGUGAUUCCUUGAGGACAGGAACAAUAUCCAUUUCUUUUUCCAUGGCUUUCUGCUACAUGGAUCUUCAGUAAACGGAAUAAGAACGAGACAGUGAGGGUCUCUUUACGAAGACACUGGACCGAGAGCCAGAAAACCUAAGUUCUAGCCUCGACUCCGCAGCUGAUUCACAGAGUGACCCUGAGCCACACACUCUCCAGUUCUGUGUCUCAGUAAAGUGAGGGGUGGCUAGAUGCUCCCAAGCCCAGCUGACUGUGACACGCUUCUAGUUCCAAGGCUCCAGAGUUCUAGAACCCUGCUCACCCUUUUCUUUCUUCCUGAUGCAGACUGGCCCGCCUGUGUCUCCCAUGAACAGAGCCGUCCCAGAGGUGUUCCUCGAAGGUGGAGACCAGGUGCCCCAAGGCCACACUCGCCGCUGUCUUUCUGCGGUCGAAUCCAGAGAGCAACUGGAGGAAGAAGAGGUGGGAGAAAUAAAGGAGGGGAAUGGCUCACAUGCUGUACCCCUCCGAAGGUCGGGGGCUUUCCGGGCCCACAGCCGAAACUAUGACCUCUUCAAAAGACAUAGUUGGGGACCUGGCAGGGAGCUCGAUGACCCACUGAAUAGGAGGAGACUGCAGGCGUCGGGAUGCCCAAGCCCCGAGGAGGCCCCCUUCCUGCAGAGCCAAGAAGAACUGGACACCUUUCUGGGACUGCAGCACCAGGGUGGCCACCCCUCCUGCCUGGGUCAGGAUUCCUAUCAUCCAUCUGCUGGCCCUUUGGACCACUCCGCUACUGGAAUGCUUUCCAAGUCUGUAUCCAUGAGUGGCAUCAACUGCCUCUUGGACUGGUCGGAUCCAGAUGGGAAUUUAUCCCAGUCCUCUGCCACUGACCUCAGGAAACGCUGCAGCCAGCUGGAAGGACAUUCAGGUACCUGGGCAGGCUCCUCCCUGCGACGGACCUUCAGCUUCCUCUUGGGCAUGACCGGAAAGGCCAAGGCCCGGGAAAAGGAGAAGAUGAAGGAAGCCAAGGAUGCCCGCUAUACCAAUGGGCACCUCUUCACCACCAUCUCAGUUUCAGGCAUGACCAUGUGCUAUGCCUGUAACAAGAGCAUCACAGCCAAGGAAGCUCUCAUCUGCCCAACCUGCAAUGUGACUAUCCACAACCGCUGUAAAGACACCCUCGCCAACUGUACCAAGGUCAAGCAGAAGCAACAGAAAGCAGCCCUGCUGAAGAACAACACUGCCUUGCAGUCCGUGUCUCUUCGAAGUAAGACAACCAUCCGGGAGCGGCCGAGCUCGGCCAUCUACCCCUCCGACAGCUUCCGGCAGUCCCUCCUCGGCUCCCGCCGUGGCCGCUCCUCCUUGUCUUUAGCCAAGAGUGUUUCCACCACCAAUAUUGCUGGACACUUCAAUGAUGAGUCUCCCCUGGGGCUGCGCCGGAUCCUCUCACAGUCCACAGACUCCCUCAACAUGCGGAACCGAACCCUAUCAGUGGAAUCUCUCAUUGACGAAGGUGCAGAGGUCGUCUACAACGAGCUGAUGAGUGACUUUGAGAUGGAUGAGAAAGACUUUGCAGCUGACUCCUGGAGCCUGGCUGUGGACAGCAGCUUCCUGCAGCAGCAUAAGAAGGAGGUGAUGAAGCAGCAGGAUGUCAUCUACGAGCUAAUCCAGACAGAGCUGCACCACGUGAGAACACUGAAGAUCAUGACCCGCCUCUUCCGCACGGGGAUGCUAGAAGAGCUACAGUUGGAGCCCGCCGUGGUCCAUGGCCUCUUCCCCUGCGUGGACGAGCUCAGUGACAUCCACACACGCUUCCUCAGCCAGCUGUUAGAACGCCGACGCCAGGCCCUCUGCCCUGGCAGCACCCGGAACUUUGUCAUCCACCGCCUGGGUGAUCUGCUCAUCAGCCAGUUCUCAGGUCCUAGCGCGGAGCAGAUGCGGAAGACCUACUCGGAGUUCUGCAGCCGCCACACCAAGGCCUUAAAGCUCUAUAAGGAGCUAUAUGCCCGAGACAAACGCUUCCAGCAAUUCAUCCGGAAAGUGACCCGCUCCGCCGUGCUCAAGCGGCACGGGGUACAGGAGUGCAUCCUGCUGGUGACUCAGCGCAUCACCAAGUACCCGGUGCUGCUCAGCCGCAUCCUGCAGCAUUCCCACGGGAUCGAGGAGGAGCGUCAGGACCUGACCACGGCACUGGGGCUAGUGAAGGAGCUGCUGUCCAAUGUGGACCAGGACGUUCAUGAGCUGGAGAAAGGGGCCCGUCUGCAGGAGAUCUACAACCGCAUGGACCCUCGGGCUCAGACCCCAGUGCCUAGCAAGGGCCCCUUUGGCCGAGAGGAACUUCUGCGGCGCAAACUCAUCCACGAUGGCUGCCUGCUUUGGAAGACAGCGACCGGGCGCUUCAAAGAUGUGCUAAUGCUGCUGAUGACAGAUGUGCUGGUGUUUCUCCAGGAAAAGGACCAGAAGUACAUCUUUCCUACCCUGGACAAACCCUCAGUGGUAUCACUGCAAAAUCUAAUCGUACGGGACAUUGCCAACCAGGAGAAAGGGAUGUUUCUGAUCAGCGCAGCCCCACCCGAGAUGUACGAGGUGCACACAGCAUCCCGGGAUGACCGGAGCACCUGGAUCCGAGUCAUUCAGCAGACCGUGCGCAUAUGCCCAUCCAGGGAGGACUUCCCCCUGAUUGAGACAGAGGAUGAGGCUUACCUGCGGCGAAUUAAGAUGGAGUUGCAGCAGAAGGACCGGGCACUGGUGGAGCUGCUUCGAGAGAAGGUUGGGCUGUUUGCUGAGAUGACCCAUUUCCAGGCCGAGGAGGAUGGUGGCAGUGGGAUGCCCCUGCCCACCCUGCCCAGGGGCCUUUUCCGCUCCGAGUCCCUUGAGUCCCCUCGUGGCGAGCGGCUGCUGCAGGAUGCCAUCCGAGAGGUGGAGGGUCUGAAAGACCUGCUGGUGGGGCCGGGAGUGGAACUGCUCUUGACACCCCGAGAACCAGUCCUGCCUUUGGAAUCAGACAGCGGUGGUAACACGAGUCCUGGGGUCACUGCCAAUGGUGAGGCCAGAACCUUCAAUGGCUCCAUUGAACUCUGCAGAGCCGACUCAGACUCUAGCCAGAAGGAUCGAAAUGGAAAUCAGCUGAGAUCACCCCAAGAGGAGGCGUUACAGCGAUUGGUCAAUCUCUAUGGACUUCUACAUGGCCUACAGGCAGCUGUGGCCCAGCAGGACACUUUGAUGGAAGCCCGGUUCCCUGAGGGCCCAGAGCGGCGAGAGAAGCUGUGCCGAGCCAACUCUAGGGAUGGGGAGGCUGGCAGGGCUGGGGCUGCCCCUGUGGCCCCUGAAAAGCAGGCCACGGAACUGGCAUUACUGCAGCGGCAACAUGCACUGCUGCAGGAGGAGCUACGGCGCUGCCGGCGGCUAGGCGAAGAACGGGCGACCGAAGCUGGCAGCCUGGAGGCCCGGCUCCGGGAGAGUGAGCAGGCGAGGGCGCUGCUGGAGCGGGAGGCCGAAGAGGCUCGAAGGCAGCUGGCCGCCCUGGGCCAGACGGAGCCGCUCCCAGCCGAGGCCCCCUGGGCCCGCAGACCUGUGGAUCCUCGGCGGCGCAGCCUCCCUGCAGGCGAUGCCCUGUACUUGAGUUUCAACCCCCCACAGCCCAGCCGAGGCACUGACCGCCUGGAUCUGCCUGUCACUACUCGCUCUGUCCAUCGACACUUUGAGGACCGAGAGAGGCAGGAAUUGGGGAGCCCCGAAGAGCGUCUGCAAGACAGCAGUGACCCUGACACCGGCAGCGAGGAGGAAGGUAGCAGCCGUCUGUCUCCGCCCCACAGUCCACGAGGUGAGACCUUGGCGGAGACAUGGACCAGAGAGUUUACCAGAAUGCAGGACAUCCCGGAGGAGACGGAGAGCCGCGACGGGGAGGUGAUAGCCUCCGAGAGCUAAGGGGGCCCCUCCCCCUGCCCUGUGCCCCACUGAAGAACAUUACUGAGGGGGGCUAACCUGGGGGACUCCAAUUUGCCAAUGAUGAGGGAACAUUGGAAGGAACUGCUCAUUGUCCUUGCCAGCUCUUGGGAUCCUUGGAUACUUGGGGUCAUUUAAGAAGCUGGGAGAAUUAGGCCACAACACCCCCGAGGCAUCCGAGAGCUACACCACAGAUGCCAGUGGUUCAUGCCUUCUUCCCUCCACUUUAGGAAAAUUUAUUUAUUUAUUGUUUAUUAGUUACGGGGGGAGAGGAGAGAUCUAAAGUACCAGGGACAUGGGAACCAAGCCAUAGGGAUCAGAGGACCGUGUCCUUGAACACUACUGGGGUUUCUUCCGGCUCAUCCACGCAGCUGCUGGGUUCUUGCCCUAACGCCCCUCCCCUGCAACACCCGUCUUAGAGGAGAGGCUGCAGCCACAAAACCCUACUGCCCUUUAAUUAAAGGAGGGCUGUGGGCAGGGCCAUGUCCCUUUCUCCUCUCCCCUCAACCUCGUAUUGCUGUUCUUCCUCUCUCCGUCCUUCAUGGAAGCCCCGGGAGAUAACCUGGCUUCCUGGAGUUGAUGGAAUCGAGGUUGGGGUGGCCAUAAUGGUUUGUUGGGGGCGAGGGAAAUACCCACAGGGACCAGAAUGUUCUGAUGUUGUUUUGUUUUCUUUUUUGUACCAAAGUCAACUGCACGUGUUUUACAUUUUUAAGAGAUCGUAGGCAAUUAAGAGAUCGAAGCCUCCUGUCUCCACAUCUUUGAAGAAGUUGAGGGCUGGGGGAGACAGUGACCUCUGCCUUCCUCUGCAGUAACGGGGACCUGUACUGACCUCUUCCCCAGCCAUUUGGAAACAAGUUCUAGGGUGGGUUGGGACAUUUCCAGGAGCCCUGACCUCAUCUUCCACCUCAGCAACCAAGACCUGAAACCUCAGCGUGAAUUUAGGGGAUUUUUCAGUGGAACCCCUGCCCCCAAAUGCCGACCAGCCCCAGUUUUUUCUUUUUUCUGCCAAUUUGGUUGUUUAAAAAAAAAAAAAUCAGGGAAAAUUAAAAACCUGGAACUCCA